AUGAUAAGACUGUUGCUACUCGCUUUUCUGUUGUGCUGGUUUUUAUCGCACGUCCCUCCUCUAUGUGAAGCUAGGGAAGGUGGAGGCGGUGGCAGUGGCAGAGGAGGACGAGGUGGUGGAGAACGUGGAGGUGGUGGUGGAGGACGCGGUGGCAGUGGAGGUCGAGGUGGUGGUGGAGGACGCGGUGGCGGUGUAGGUCGAGGUGGCGGUGGAGGAGGCGGUUGGGGCGGUGGAGGAGGCCGUGGUGGUCGCGGCAGCGGUGGCGGUGGCGGAGGAGGCCGCGGUGGCGGUGGCGGAGUAGGACACGGUGGCGGUGGAGGAGGCGGUUGGGGCGGUGGAAGAGGAGGAGGCGGAGGAGGCGGAGGUGGCAGACACGAUCAUGGAUGGGGAGGACACGACCAUUCUCAUGAACACUCCCAUCAUGACCACUUUCACGGAGGAGGAGGAGGCAGAGGAGAUUACUGGAGAGGUCCGGGAAUUGGCGGUGGAGGCCUUGGACUGUUGGGGCUAUAUGGGUUAUCUAUGAUGUCACCAUAUCAAAACUAUGGUUACUCUCCUUGCAAUGCACAAUUAUUCUCUUCUUCGAAUGGUAUUCCGAUGUUCGCCUGCGACUGUCCACCGUAUGGAAUCUCAUACCAGCAAUACGGUUGUCGGAUGCCUAUUUAA